UAGUCUGUGGUCAUUGUCCUACUGCGAAAUGAAGUUGUGACCGAUCAGACGCCUCCCUGGUGGAAUUGCUUGAUUUUUGUGAAUCUGCUUGUACUUCUCUGAAUUAAAAAAAUGUACGAAUAGAUUUUUGUAAAAACAUGCCUGGUAUCCACAAGCCCUGAUGCCGGUCCUAAUUUGGGUGGCUAAGGAAAAUGUAUAAUAGAGGAGGUGGUGUCAGACCCAGGACCACAAGUUAGUCUUCAGUCCAAAAGACAUCAUCACACUACUGAAGACAGACUGUGGUAAGGCCAGUUUGUUUCCAGCUAGAGGGAACUGAUAACACCACCAGUCAGGAUGAAUUCCCAGACCUCUAACCUUAGCCUAACAGAGAACAUCACAACCAUCAUUCGACCCCCUUAUUUCUACAUCAGUGGAUUCACAGGGAUCCCCCACAUCAAGUACUACUAUGUCUUCCUCUCCCUUGUAUACAUCGUCACUCUGAUGGGCAAUACCUUCGUCAUGUUUGUCAUCUCCAUGGACCGCAGUCUCCAGAGCCCAAAGUACAUUGCAGUGUUCAACCUGGCCCUUACAGAUGUAUGUGGGACCACAGCCAUGGUCCCCAUGCUCCUGGAUAUGUUCCUGUUCAACAGACAGUUCAUCUCCUACAACCAAUGCCUCACCAGCCAUUUCUUUGUCGUCAUCUUCCACAUCAUGCAGUCCUUCAACCUCACCAUCCUUUCCUAUGACAGACUGGUGGCCAUCUGCUGUCCACUCAGGUACAGCAUGUUAAUAAGUAACAGGUCCAUAUUUCAGCUGACCGGUGCUGCCUGGGUGUUGGCUGUAUUAGUCGUUUUGAUCUGUAUUGGAUUGAUCACCCGCCUCUCCUUCUGUGGGUCUGUGGUGAUCAACAGCUUCUUCUGUGACCAUUAUCUACUGUACAGUCUGGCAGCCCCCUGUUCUGACGUGCUCCCUAACCGUGUGAUGUCAAACCUCAUCCCCUGUUUAGUCCUCUAUAUUCCCAUGAUCUUCAUCAUAGCAUCUUACAUCUGUAUCAUCCAUGCACUCUUCACCAUCACACUUCCCCAGGACAGACACAGGGCCAUAAAGACAUGUACCGCACACCUGAUGCUGGUGGCCAUAUACUACCUGCCCAUGAAUAUCACCUACCUUUUUGUCUCCUUCAUCCCCUCCAACAUACGGAUUCUCAACCUUUCCCUGACCUCUGUGCUGCCUCCCAUGCUCAACCCCAUCAUAUACGUUCUGAAGACAGAGGAGUUCAAGGUAUCAGCCAAGAGGCUCCUCAAAAGAGUAGCCCAGAGAGCUGUGGGUCCACUGAUGUUAACAUCAAGAACCAAAUGA